AUGGCCGCUUCCACCCUGUCCGUUUGCUCCAAUGACCUGAGCUAUGGCAGCCGGGCCUGCAUGCCCGGGUCCUGUGACUCUUGCAUGGACUCCUCCUGGCAGGUGGACGACUGUCCAGAGAGCUGCUGUGAGCCCUCCUGCUGCGCCCCCACUUGCUGUUCUACCUGUUGCACCCCCAGCUGUUGUACCCUGACCCCCUGCCUGACCCUUGUCUGUGCCCCAGUGAGCUGUGUGUCCAGCCCCUGUCAGUCAACCUGCACCAGCUCCUGCACGCCCUCAUGCUGCCAGCAGUCUAGCUGCCAGCCCUCCUGCUGCACCUCCUCCCCCUGCCAGCAGGCCUGCUGUGUGCCCGCCUGCUGCACACCCGUCUGCUGCACACCCGUCUGCUGUGGCACAAAGAGCUGCUGUGAGCCCUCCUGCUGUGUCCCCACCUGCUGUGUCCCCAGCUGCUGCCAGCCUUCCUGCUGCACCUCCAGCUGCUGUGUCCCCACCUGCUGUGCCCCCAGCUGUUGCGAAUCAACCUACACCAGCUCCUGCGUGUCCUUGUGCUGCCAGCCCUCCUGCUGCACCUCCUCCCCCUGCCAGCAGGCCUGCUGUGUGCCCGCCUGCUGCACACCCGUGUGCUGCACACCUGUCUGCUGCAAGCCCCUGUGCUGUGUGCCCGUCUGCUCUGGGCCCUCCUCCUGCUGCCAGCCCAACCCCUGCACCUCAUCCUGCUGCAGACCCUCCUCCUGUGUGUCCCUCAUCUGCCGCCCCGUGUGCAGGCCUGCCUGCUGCGUGCCCACCUCCUCCUGCUGUGGCCCUGCCUCCUCCUGCCAGCCCAGCUGCUGCCGCCCGUCCUCCUGCAUGUCCCUGCUCUGCCGCCCUGUGUGCUCCCGCCCGGCCUGCUGCGUCCCCACCUCAGCCCAGACUUCCUGCUGCUGA